GUUGAGUCUUCAAGAGCAAUCUUGCAUUAUUUUAAUGCUGCAAGAUGUUUUCAGAUCUUGAUGAGUAUGAGAAAACUUCUUGUACAGAUAGUGAUGAAUCUUACAGCGAUCAGAUUAAUAGUGAUGUAGAAGCUGAACUCUACGGCCUAAUUCAUCAUGAGCAAAAUGAGGAAUUUUCACGAACUCCUGACAUGAAAAUGUUGAAUGCUGAGAAUAAUUCCAAUCACAAAGAGCAUAUUUCAACUCCUAAACAUAGUUCAUUUGCCACUGAGGACAGUUCUUUUUUAAAACUUUUUAAAAGCUUUGAAACUACAAGCAAAAGUUAUUUUUCUACUCCUCAAUCACAUCUUAGUAUAAGUACUCAGAACAGUUUUUCUGAAAGACUGGACGAUUCUCCAGCUAAAUGCUCAAGUUUCAAUGACAUGAAUAAAAGGAAAAGAGAUUUGCUAGAGGCUGAUGAGGAAAAAAAGCGAAAAAAAUCAGUUGUUGCCUCAAAAACCAGCAAUAAUCUUACAAAUAGUAAAAAUUUUGUGGAUUCUAGUGAGAGUGAUGACAGCAUUAUUGUUUUGGAACCUAGUAAAGAUUUUACAACAAACUUAUCUGCUCAUGAUACAGUGGAACUGAGUUCAGAUGAUUCAUCAGAUUCUGAUUUUUUCUCUUCACGUUUAAAUUCUGUUAGAUCUGAUGUGAACUCCAAAAGAAGUACAUUCUCCUCCAGUUUUAAAAAUGGUAAAAAUAUCUCUGAUCCAUGGCAUGUAAAUAAUGAAGAUUUAUUUCGUACUGGUAAAAAUUCAAAAUCUCUAAAUCGAUAUCAUAAUAAAAUGCUUCAGAAGUGCACGAAUUGUAAUGAAAGUGGCCAUGCAGCUAGAUCUUGUACGGUUCCUCAACAAAAAAAAUGUUUUAUCUGUGGUGGUCCACACAUGGCUAAUUACUGUGAAAACACCAUUUGCAGUAAAUGUUACAGAAAAGGUCAUAACAGUAGGCGGUGUUGGCAGGUUAGCGGCACACAAUCCUGUGCGAUAUGUAAUAUGUAUGGGCACGUAAAAAUGAAUUGUCCAGAUAUUUGGCGGAGAUAUCACCUUACUACUUCCAACUUUAAAUUUACAAAGGGUCAUCGAUUGAAACAAGAUGUUCCUCUAUAUUGCUUCAAUUGUGGUGUUAAAGGGCACUUUGGAAGUGAAUGUCCAAGACCACGGAUGCAAUCAUUUGAAGGCAGUUAUCCUACAUGGCCACUUGUAAUUAGUUAUACAGAUCAUGAAAAGGUUUUCGAGAAAAGAAAGGGAAAAUUCCAGAGGAAGGAGGGAUAAGCAGUGCAAUUCACAGCAGAAACAGUCCAGAGGCAAACAUGAUGAAAGAAGUUGGAAUGAAAAUAUAAAUCAUAAACAUCAGUCGAUUUUAAUAAAUGACAAAGUAAAUGAAAGAACACCCGAAGCGAAUGCAAAGCA